UCUCUCUGUCGCGGUUACUUCCCUUGGCUGACCCCCCUCCUUCUCUCUCGGUUUUUGUUGUUUUUUCUUCUUCAUAAUAUGGUAAACUGUAAGAGAGGGGUCCUUAGUCUAGAAGGGCUUUCGCUGCUCGCCCGACUCUCAGCUUUACCACAAUAUUGACACAAACACAAAGAAGUGAACGGUACCUAAAAACUGAUCAUUGGCGAGAAACGAAAAAAAAAAAAAGAACCCAGCCAAGUAACUUUGAAGAGAAAUUUUACAAUCAGUCUUCAGUCCUAUGGGUAUACCUCUUGAAGGAACCUCUACAUAACCAACCAACUCAUUAGAAAUAGUAGCCAGAGCUCUCUUAAAUAAGGUCUCUUCUCUCUCUGUUGCUAACAGAUACCUGUCAGAUGGUUCCCAGAUGUAAUUCACCGGAUUAAACCGAGCACCUAACAAACCCCUGCAGAAGCUGCUCUGUAUGUCAAUAGGGGAUCUUUGAAUAAACUCUUCUGCCAAUGUGACGGUGUUGACAUCCCAGAGAUACCCCUUCGAUCCCACCACCACCAAACACACUGUCAAUUGACAGAGAAUCUCCUGAAAUCAAAAUGUCAAAGAAUUGAUGAAAUCUUUUGAUAAUUAAUUACCUGUCAACUAUGUACCUGUAAUUAAGGAACAUAUGUAUGUAUGUGUGUGUGUGCGUGUGUUUGAAAAUGUGUGUUGACGUAAAAUCCAACUGUUUGGUUCUUUAGUUUAUUUUAGUGUCUGCAGCCAAAGCCAUGCUGGAGCAAAGUAAUCCUUUGACCAAAGUACUUUCAGCCUGUGGAACCAGUUGAUAACAGAUGCUAGACUUGGCAGGGUGGUUUCUUCAGUUCUUCUUCUUGUUAUAACGCUACAAUUCUGCUCUCCUCAACCAAACCUGCCGCUACAUAACUCUUCUAAACCAUAAACAUGUAUUCCGUACAGUCUGUAUACACCCCAAUGGGGAAACAGUUUUUUGGAACCUUUGAUUUCAAUGGUGGUAAAAAUUACCCUCCCACUUCGGAGCCCGAGACAGAGACCCCACCUACCAGUACGCCAUCAUCCAAUACAGGGAUUACAUCAUCAACCAAUACAGGAAUUACCAACAGUAUAAGUUUUAUGAACAAUUCCUACCAGCAUCAUCAUCACAGACAGAUGACCAUUCAGCAUAGUUUGGCCCAUAAGAAACCAUAUCGAUGUGAUAUUUGUCGGAAGGGGUUUUCAAGAAUGGCUAAUUUAACGAACCACGAACGUGCGUCUGCUGCAGGUUUGAGUCAGACCCACUUCAGUUGUGAAUAUUGUACAAAGGCAUUCAGCCAGCGAGAUUAUCUGCGGAUACACGAACGCGUUCACACUGGAGAGAAACCCUUCAAGUGUUCAAUGUGUGAAAGGUCUUUCAGCCAUCAGACCAUUCUACAAAACCAUGAACGAGUUCAUACUGGUGCGAAACCCUACAACUGUGCAAUCUGCAGCAAGACGUUUGCUCACCAGACAACGCUGGUCAACCACCAGCGCAUUCAUACUGGUGAGAAACCGUAUCGGUGUUCGAUCUGCAAUAAAAAUUUUGCUCAUCAGACUACGCUUAUAAACCAUGCGAGAACACACACCGGGGAGAAACCAUUCAAGUGUUCGAUCUGUAUGAAAGCGUUCGCUCACCAGACCACGCUGAUCAACCAUCAACGUAUUCACACCGGGGAGAAAACCUAUCAUUGCCCGACGUGUCUGAAGACGUUCGCUCAUCAAACCACCCUUAUUAACCAUCAGCGGGUACACACUGGCGAAAAACCUUAUAAGUGUUCAGUUUGUGACAAAAUUUUUUCCCAUCAGACAACACUGACAAUUCAUGAACGAAUCCACACGGGCGAACGUUUGUACAAAUGCAGCCAGUGCGAGAAAAGCUUCACCCAUCAAACCACCUUGAAAAACCAUGAGCAAUGCCAUUCACCUGAAAAGGCUUACAAAUGUUCGAUCUGCAUGAAAUCAUUUGCCCAUCAAACAUCUCUGUUGAAUCACGAACGUGUUCACACAGGGGAGAAACCUUAUCAUUGCACAACCUGCUUGAAGACAUUUGCACAUCAAACCACACUGAAGAACCACGAACGGACCCACACGGGCGAGAAGCCCUUCACGUGCUCAAUAUGUCAGAAAUCUUUCACACACCAAACUACAUUGCUGAAUCAUGAGAAGACUCACGUUGGAGAGGUCGUGGUUCCACCAGUCUCAAUGUCGGAGAACACCCCCGGAAUGGUGUCCCGCACUUCAGGGUCAUCAUCGAACAUAUUCCACUGCACCAUUUGUAGGAAGUCUUUCUCUCACCAAGCAGAUUUGAAGAGCCAUGAACGAAGUCAUGUCUCUUCUGUUGGCAACAGUAAUAAUAAUGAAAAGCUCUACAGCUAUGAUGGUACUUCCUCCAGUAGCAUUCAGCCACCGUCUGGGUCUUCUGUUUCACCUGGCGCCGGGGCAGGUGGCGGCGGCGGCGGUGGUGGUGGCAGCGGCAGCAACACCCCAGGAGACAAGACCUACUCUGCCACGUCCUUGACUCAGCAUGACUCCGAUACUCCACCUUCCAAGUCUAACUCCCAUUCAUCUCAUAAUCGAGGCAGCAGCAGCAACACCAACUCCACGAAUCAAUCUGCCUCUUCUAAUAAUGCGGACAAGCACCACAGGGACCCCAACAGCCAUCCAUCAUCAUCCCUUUCUCCGCGAUCCAGCGGGUCCCAUCAGCAGACUCAGUCCCACUUAACCUCCAACACACCAAUGCAGAUGUCAUCCUCUUACAUCCAUCAAAUGUCAUCCCACUGGGACAACAGUUACAGUUGGCCCAGGGGUUUCCCAGUGUCUUCAGGAUGGAGCCCUACGUGGCCUAAACCCCCUAACCCUAUCCCAUCUGUACGACAAAAAGAGUUGACCUAGAUAUUCGGCUUUACUUUCAACCCACAAAAAUCACAUGAGAACGGACAUUCAUUCACACCUGUAGUUUAUGAAAUUACCUUUCCACCUCAGCCUACGACAGAUCUACUCAAACAGUUGUCUUCUAAGACUCUUACCUUUUCUUUUCAAUCGCAACUCUAUCUCACGUCAGCUGCAGCUUUGAUGACAGGUUCACCUGAUUUUUCAAACAGUCAUUUCACUACAAUUUCUAGGUUGUAUCACAAGGCCUUCUUCAUCUCUCUUCUCUCUCACUCACACAAAUGUUCCCACAGUCAACCAUUUCCCCUCCUUUCUCACUAAAUAUUUUCAAGUGUCUAUAUUUGGUGGAAGGUUACCUUAUUUCAACCAAACUGAUCAAUACAUUUUCAAUAAUUCAAUACAACCUCAAUCGAUCAACUUGACAACUGUGUAACACUCUCAACGGGGUUGUGCUGUCUGCUGCAAGUUGCCCGGCCGGUUGGUCGUAGCAGCUACGUAACAUCAUUGAAAUUUGGUUAAAAAUUCUAGUUACAGAAGUAAGCAUCACCUAGAAACGUGAAUUAGUGCAGCCAAUUAUUAAAUAUAUUUUUCAAUCCUAGUUGUAAUGUGAUGAUGGCUAUCUUACAGUUUUAUUUCAAGAUGCCGGUGAAAGUGUGAAUUGAUCAACAGCCAGUGGACGUUUUUGCUGUUUUGUAAAGCAGUUUAUAUUUUACACUUUGUGUAUGGAUAAUGUUACCGAAUUUGAUGUGGUGAAUGAAAUUACCCAGUUGUAUCAGGAGUUGAUUUCGUUGAGAAGAAAUGAAA